GACACUUUCUCCUUUUGAAAGCUGGACGGUUUUACAGAUGGCUAAGAGCAACUUCUCUCCAAGGAAAACUCUGAAGGGCCUGUUCUUCUCCAAAAGCACCACAGACCUGCAGGAAUGUGGCGAGAAACAGGAGAGCAAAUUCCACACACUGUUUAAACGGAAGGAGAAGAAAAAAGACAAGAGAGUGGAGUCUCCUGAUCCUGCGUCCACAGAAGAGCACAGUGGAGGAGACUGGAAUGCUGCGUCUAUUUACGCCACUGCGCCCAGGUCAAAGAAGGGGCUGUUCUCCCGUUCUGAGACUGACCUCCAUAAACCCAAGCGCUUUGCCACGCUUUCUUUUGCCUGGAAGAAAAAAAAGAAGAACAGAAAUCUCUCUCAGAGCUUCUCGAGUAUCAAUGUGGAAUCAGGGGUCAAAGGUCAUUCAGAGAAGGAUUCAGAGAAUGAAGAUAAGAUGGAACAAACUUCCCUAUUGCAACAAGUGCAUUCAGAGGUAGCCGAGAUUGAAUUAGUGGACAAUGACACUGAAAGCACUCAAAACGAAGAUCCAAACGAGGCAGAAUUUAGGCUAGCUAACACCCAGCACAUGUCCGUUCCCUACAUCGACAACUCAUUUUCCGACAGUGAUGGUUACUGUACUCCGCCAGAAAGCCCCGGUUUGGGUUUUUCUUAUCCACAUACCGUCAACAACACGGAAACGAUACCUGCCAGAACAUUUAAAGGCCACCUCACACCAAUCAUUCCCACUCCCACCAGCACUGUGGCUUCUUCCAUCAACAGCACGCACAUAACCGGACACCAUGUGGAAAUGAGCACCAGUGCUGAUAGCAUGGAUCACUCUCUCGUACUUCAUCAAACGGACGUGGCUGAAAAAACUCCACACUGCAUCCUAUCACCUGACUUCACCUCUCACACGGUUGUAUUUGGGAAAUUCGAGGAGGAAAAUGCUAACCUGGCUUUGGGCUAUCCUGAACAAAGCUCCAGUCAGCUCAGUGAAAUCACUGACUUGAAAAAGAGACCUUCAGAUGACAAAGACGUAUCACUUUACGAGCCUGAGAUAGGAUUCCACAGAAACCAUUCUCAUGUAAUUGAUGGCCCCAGUCAAGACAAUGAUACCUUUAGGAAGAAUCAUCAGGAAGAAAAGAUCAUGGAUCGUAUUCCAAGUCCAGAUUGCUUUUCAUCCAUCUCAUGGGAAGUUCCUGAAGAUUCCUGCUCAAAUGAUCCAAAGAUCAACUCCUCAACUGAAAUCCACAACUCCUCUUUUGGUGAAAAUGAUCAAAAUCCAGCUUCAGUAGAUGUUCCUCUAGUUAGCCCUGAGGCAGACUUCUCACCUAUAUUGACAAGAAGAAUCAUAUCUGAUCCUCACCCUGCAACCUUUGACCUCUUAAGUUCCUCAUAUACUAGUGGCUUUAAUCACAGCAAUAAUUUGUCAGAUCCACCCUCUAAACCUGACCAUCCAAAGCAAGAAAAAGAACCUCAAGAACCAUUUACCUCCACCAGCCUGUUGUUUGAUACAUUUAACAAAUCCUUGUCUCCUGAAAGCCUCUCCAUUCCCGCUGAUAACUUAACAAUGGAUUCUUAUAUUUCUGACCUUUCUCUGCACUCUUGGUCUGAAAUUCAUGAAUCAGAAAAGUGCAAAGUAGGAAAUAAUUUAAAAGCAGGUAAAUAUGAUGAAGAAGGAACUGAUGAUAUUGCAGCUGAAGGAUUUGCCAGUAGACCUGCAGUAUUUGAGAUGUGUUAUUUAUCAGAACAGAAGGAACCUCAAUGUUUUACAGGCAAUAAUGAGACCAUGAUAGAUGAAAAUAGUUUUUACACCAUUAAGUCAGACAAUAUUAGCUGGAAUGAAUCAUGUAGCAGGAAAUAUUCACAAGAUGAUGGAAAUGCGGUGAUGUUGGAUACAGAAGAAAGUUUUACACGCCACAAGGAAAGUGACACCAAGAUAAAUCCAAAUGUGUUUCAAAACGAGGACAUGCUUGGAUGGUCGACCUUCACUACAAAAAUAAAGGAGAAUGUUGAAGAAAAAAUAUUUAGUCAGGAACAAGUGUUUCUCAGGGAUGAAGGAAGCAGACCAGCACCAUUAGCUGGAGAAAGUGAGGCACCACCAGGUGAAACCAACCAGCAGCUUGAUUAUCUGCCUAUUAUCAAACCAGACGCACCAGUUCUGCAACUGUACAUGUCUGAGGAAUGUGUCACUGCCCCUCCCUGUAGUCUGCACGGUGAAGUGUCAGUCACAGACUGCAAGACGGAAACACACCAGAGCGUGGAGGCAGGGUCAGGUCACUCCCAGAAGUCUGGAUCUCCGAUACCACCACAGUGGGAGGACUCGACAGGGGGUGGAGUAAACGUCAAUGUUGUUAAACUCCAUGUGGAUAGAGACGAUAUCACUACACCUGAGCCAGAGAAACCACCUGUCUCCUAUUACCGAGUACCAAGACUAGAUCCUGCUGAGCCACGAGGACUAGCAGACACCAGGGACACUUUCCAAAAAAUUCAAAAACAACACAGUGCUGAUCGAGAGCACCAAGACAUUUUGGGGAAUCCCAUCCUCCAGGCAGAGAACUCAACUAGUAGCAGUAGAGAUACCUGUGGAAUCUUCACUGAAAGAAGCAGUCCCCCGGGGGGAGUCGUUAUUCGCAUCAGAGAGUUUGGGGACAGAGAGGAAGAACAUCAAGACGCAAACAGGGAGAGGACGCUCUCGAUCCAUCAGCCUGCACCAAGAUACACAUCACUUGACUGGCUCCCUCAUGCCUUCUUUCCUCUCAGCACAGUAAUUGAAGAGACUGACGCUGAGAUUCCCAUAGAAACUUGUCCUGAAUUGGAUACAGACAUGAGUGCGUCUCAUGUUGGUGUACUGAGCACCACGUUCACUCUGAGGCCCAAAGUGUCUCAGAAAGAACGGGAAGAAGGCAAAAAAGUGCACAAGGUGUCCCUGGUAAAAGACAGCAGCUCCACAAACAGCUCUGAGCUUCAUGGAGGCUUUGGAGAUGAAUUCGAAAAUGGCAUUACAAGUGACACCAUGGACGGUAGAACCAGACUUGAGACAGCCAAAGAAUGGAGCCCAAAGCACAAUGAGUACCAGGCUUUCGAAUCGAGAUCUUUAACAGCCAGGUCUGAGAACGAGGUGUCAGGUGGCACACACCUGUAUUCUUCAUUCUCCAGCAGCUCAGCGUAUGAACCAAACGUGCACUCCUCCCUCUCCUUCUCUUCUGAACGAGAGUGGGAAACCCUCCCCUCUGCCGUAUCCUUGGACACAGCUGGUAGUCACGGUAACACUACCUGGUGGAAUGCAAAGAGCGAAGUCCAGGUUAACAGCGAGAGCGAGUCAGGUGGGAGGAGUUGGGAGGGGCUUGCUGAACCUGCUGAGGAGACUGAGAUGAAAAGUGACAGAGGAAUAACAAACACAGACUCGUAUUACAGCACAGAGGAGACAGACGGACUCUUCUCCGGCAUCUUUAAGGCGACUCGUGUGGACCUUUCCUCGAGUGACGCUGAUCAAGAAACCUCAACAGUCAGCUCUCCACAUGAAAUAGACACCCUGGUGGACACCCUGAAAAGCAUGGCGCCUCCCAUUCGACAUCGGCCUCAACGCGGCUCCAGCCUGUCUUUCUUGUCUCUGCCACCGAUUGUUGAAGAUGCCACCAGCACUGCUGCUUUUGAGGAUUUCAAAACCUCCCAUCCGGCCUCUCCAGCACCUGCCGAACCUCUCAACAACCUGCUGCCUGAUCUGGGGUUCAGCUGGACCACUCCAAAAGAUAUGUUUUCUCCUCUGACAAUGAUGAACAUGCUAAAGGAGCAGCAGGGUCAGGAACCUCAGGGACGCUCUGUUACCUUACCGCAAAGAGCUUCAGCUCUCAGUAGCAUCGUCAUGCGUAAGAGCUCACUUCCCAACCUCAACCUGGACGAGGGAACUCAAGUUAACGGUUUUGUUGGAACCUCACGCCUGGACAGCAGCCUGCUGUUUUCCAAUUAUCGUUCCGAACAGAAGGAUGAAAGCGGCAAGCCAGCAGGUCGCCUGUCUCUUUUCCGAGCAGCCUCAUUGCCUGAGGUUAGCUCCGGACAUGACUACCUCAGCAAGCUUUCCAAAGGACCGGACUCGCUGGUGUUAUCAGGGUCCACUCAUGAUCUGUCCUUCCUCACCUCACCCCCAAGCUCCCUUCCAGGGGUGAUCGAUACAUCUCGUAUGAGCAAGAGCCCUCUGGUCAUCCACAGUCCCACUUCUGAGGGUCCUACCUCCAACAGCACACUUUCAGUGUUGCACAGCCCUUCACCAGAAUCAUCGUUUAAACCCCCAAGCCUGCAACGCAGCCUCAGCAUCGGCUCGCCUGUCCAUAAUGGCCUUGGAAACAAUUUCGGCUUCCCCCAGGAGCCUGGACCGGACAGGAACCUACUGGCCAAGUACAAAGCCUUCCCAGAUGCCUAUCUCACGAAACAGAAGGAACACGGCAAACUGAACCCUCGACCUGGAAAGAUGUUUAUAUACAAUCGUCCAGGACGACGUGGGCAGAGGAUCGAGGUGAAAGGAGAUGUGAUGGACGCUACAGAGUGGGAGUUUCCAGAAGCCAUCUCUUUUAAAGUGGUUCGAGGAGGCUGGGUUUUAUACGAGAAGCCGGACUUUAAAGGAGAGAAGGUCGCACUAGAUGAGGGAGACAUCGAGCUGACGAAUCCGUUCAGACCCCCAGAGGACGAGGUGAGAGCUGAGCAGAACGCAGAGCAGGAGAGCGGAGAACCCAAUCAUGUGGAACCGAGACGCUUCGUCAUUGGGUCACUGCGCAGAGCAGUGAGGGACUACAGCGUUCCUGAGAUCUGUCUCUUCCCCGAGGAAAACGCAGAGGGGAAAAAAGUGAUCUUCAGGGACACAUCGGAUGACGCCCGUAUCUACGGCUUCCCCAUUAAAGCAAACUCCAUCAUCAUCAACGCUGGCGUGUGGCUGGUGUAUGGUAGUCCGUUUUUCCAGGGUAUCCCGCGGGUCCUGGAGGUCGGAGGCUUCUCGAAUCCGGCUGCCUGGGGCGUCACGAAUCCCUAUAUAAGCUCCCUGCAUCCUCUUAAAAUAGGAGAGCCGAAAGUGGAGAGACCCAACGAGCCGAAACUGGUUAUCUAUGAGAAACCGUAUUUUACUGGGAAAAGCCGAGAGAUUUACACCAACAUGAGAGACUUCAUAUCCAGAAUAGACCAGCAGCAGAAGGCCUUCAUGUACAGCGUCGGCUCCUUGAAAGUCAUGGGUGGCAUAUGGGUGGGUUAUGAGAAGGAGGGAUUUGGUGGGAAUCAGUACCUUCUGGAGGAGGGCGAGUACCACGACUGGCGGGCAUGGGGGGGCAGUGACUCCGAACUGCGUUCGGUCCGGGUCAUCCGAACUGACCUGAGCGACCCCAUGGCGUUGCUGUUCGGGAUUUCGAGUGGGGAGGUGGAGGAAGAGGGCAUGUUCGAGGUGACGGAGGCCGUUCCCGAUGUGGAGCCGUUCAAUUUCACCACAAUGACGCGCUCGAUCCACGUACUCAGUGGAGCGUGGGUGGCGUACUCUCACGUGGAUUACUCAGGAAACCAGUACGUCCUGGAGAAAGGCUUCUACAACACCUGUGCGGACUGGGGCUCGGGAGAUAACCGGAUCUGUUCCAUCCAGCCCAUCCUGCCCGCCCUGGCUGAUUCUGUGCCUUCGCGCAGCGAGCUGCUGUUGUACACGGAGCCGAAUUUCCAGGGGACGUGUCAGGUUCACUGUGAGAGCGAGGAGUUCCUGCCUCAGAGCCGAGGGGUGCAGUCCUGCAGGGCGGUGGGAGGAAGCUGGGUCCUGUACGAUGGGGACAGCUUCUCGGGGAACCAGUACGUUCUGUCUGAAGGAGAUUACGCUAAUCUCACCAGCAUGGGCUGCGCCAUUAACUGCAUCCUGAGAUCUGUUAAACCCGUCCCGAUCCUCUUCACGGUGCCGGCCAUCUCUCUGUUCGGUUUGGAGUGUUUAGAAGGACGCGAGGUCUCCUUGGAAGAAGAGGUGUUGAGUAUGACGGCAGGAGGGUUUAAUCCUCACUUCCUGUCUGUGAGGGUUAAUAGGGGCUGCUGGGUGCUAUGUGAGUAUAGUAACUACAGGGGGCGCCAGUUCCUCCUCGAACCCAUGGAGAUAACAAACUGGCCCAAAUUCAGCUCGCUCACUUCCAUCGGCUCCCUGUACCCGAUCCGAGAGAAGAGACGAGUCUUCCGGAUCCGCUAUAAGGAGAGCGGACUCUACAUGUCGGUGCAGGGCGCAGUGGACGGCUUGAAGACGGGACGUGUGGUAGUGUCGCAGAACGUGGAGGCUCAGAGCGACGUGUGGUUCUAUCAGGGCGGCCUCAUCAAGAACAAGUUGGCACAGACAAUGAGUCUGCAGGUCGUGGGUAAUGUGGAACCAGGAGCGAAGGUGGUUUUAUGGUCAGAAACCCGAAAUCCUGUUCAGACUUGGAGCGCCAAACUUGACGGCCCCAUCUCUAGCCUCACAUUCCCCGACCUGCUGCUGGACGUCAAGGGUGGUAAAACGUACGAUAAGGAGCAUGUGAUUGUUCGGAAUGAGACUGAAGACACGCCCACUCCUCUAUGGGACAUAGAGAUCAUUUAAGACCUGCCCUUUUAACAGUCACUUUGACCUUUAUUUAAUAUUUAUUCUGUCAGCUAACACGCCACAUUCACAGCUCAUGAAGGUGCAGUUUUACAUUAUGUCUUUCAUUUUUAAUAUUAUGAUGUCUGUCCACAUGGGGGAGCCCAAGAGUUAACAAACAAACUCCAUUUUAAAAAUCUCCAUCUUUUUGUCAAAGGAAUUUAUAAAAAAAAAAAAAAAAAAACAUGUACAAUUAUUAUAAUGGGAAUGUAACAUGGCACCAAAUAGUUUAAAUUUAGCAGUUUGUUUUUCAAAAGUUAUGAACAAGUAUUACAGUAAACCACACAGCAUUAUAAUAAACAUGCUAAUUCCUAAGACACCAGCAUUGCUAGCAUCAAAGUAAACAUGCUAACACAUGAACUAGCAUUAAAGUUAAAAAUAAAAACACCUGAAGCAGUAUUAUAUUAACAUAUGCUAACUCUUAAAAUACUAAAUCAACCAUGCUAACACACACCCUGCUAUUACAGCAUAAACAGCCUAAACCAUGAGCUAGCAUUACUGUAAACUCACGUUCACUAAAAUUACAAAUAAACUAAAUAAAAAGGAAUGUAAAGAUAACUUUACAUGUACUAUCAUUAGAGUAACUAACCUAACAAAAACAACAUGAAUGUAAUUAGCAUUAACAUAAUAACACUUAGCUGACUUUGCAUGCUAACACACAUAGCGCUUUUGUAAACAGCCUGUAUAACUAGCACAUGCUUUAAUAUGGUCAUUUCUGACCUGCGUUACAUUAAAAUGGCUCUAGAAGUGUCUGUCUAUACUAGAUUCCUCAUUUAUUUCAAAUGAAAGUACAAUUAUAGUCACGCAGAUAACUAACUCAUGAAUUAGCGUGAUAAAUGGGAUAAUCAU